GAGGACAUUCCCAGUCUAGACUAUUUUCAUUCACAACAACUAAAUGUUCUAGCUAGCUUUGCGUGUGCUCACAUCGACAAUCAAAUGUCUACUCCCAAAAUCAUGACCUUGGUGCAACUUGGAUCUUGGUGGACCUUAGUGCAUGUCAUCUUCAGAACUCAAAAUCAAGAGCCACAUACCGGUAACGCGGGGGCGUGGUGUGAGGAAGGAGAGUGUUGGGUGGGGGACGAGGAGAAAGGGGGGUGGAGUGGAGGUCUGUCUCCAAAUGAUGGAAGAGAAAUGCACAGUAAGAAACCUCAUGCUAUUAAGCACAAAAAUCUUGCUAAGAUAAAAGAACAUAUAGAAUCCUUUUCAAUGAAAGUUGCACAUUACUCAUCAGAUUCCAUGAAGUUUAUGCGUAGUGAACUGACCUCUCAGUCUGAUCACAAAAAAACAAAAAACAGAAAAAUCUUGAAAAGGAAAAGUGCAGUGAAACAAUCAAGAACCUCUCGAGUCCAGGGUUCACCCUUUCAACUGCGUCACUUCUACGAGGCGCAGCCUAAGUGUGCCUGCGAGAAAGACAACCGCAAAAUGAGCAACAUCCUUCCAGGCCGUUCUUCGUGCCGUAGCGGUCAGGCGGCGGGGACUGCGCCCGGCCGGGGGCCUUGCCGGAUGGCGUCCGCGCUGCGGGACGCGAACAAUGCCACCAGGGCGUCCCUUGAUGCCCGUUUCCUUAUUAACCUCCUCCCCUCCGCUUCCAAAACAUCAUUCGAAUUAACUUGGUAUACAGCUAUCAGGAAGGCGAACAACUUGAGAGAUUCUGAAUAUCGGUGUGAGUUGAAUACAAGGUUUGGCAGCUCUAAAUGCCGCAUUAUGUCAUCUUCCACGGAGCAACAUGUCUUCGCGACAGAACCCGUCGGCGAGAAACGAGUGACUGACCUUUCCGGUAUUGGCCCCGUUUUAGGACAGAGACUUACGAAACACGGUUUUGAUAAGGCCUAUGUUGUUCUGGGCCAAUACCUAUUAUUGAAGAAGAGUAAAGAACUGUUUAUUGACUGGCUAAAGGAUUUAGUGGAAGCCAACAGUCGGCAAGCCAGAGAGUGUUAUGAGUGUAUCUCUGAAUGGUGUGAUGAGUUUCUCUGA